AUGCGGCACUUAGCGACUAUAGAUCCGGUCACAGGGCUAGCCGGGUCUGCUGCCCUGUGUGCGGUAUGGACCCAUUGGCAAUCUAGCCGCAGAGAUGAGCCCUGGGCUGAGCUCAUCUGCUGGAUCUUGCUGCCGAUAUUAUGCAAGGCUAUCACCCUGCCCAUCAAUCGACUUGAUACAGAAAAGGUAAACGAGUCACGGAUAUCACCUGGCCCGUGGUUAUGGUUAUUUGCAAUAUGCGUAGCAACCCAAGCAGUAUGCGAAGGAGAACAGGGGAGCAACUGGCUUCUUCCGCUAUUGAUGCCUCUCUUAUUGGUCGUCGAGCAGUACCUUGGGAGGGACCUAUCAUCGCCAGCCUCGCUUUGUCCCAAUUUUAUUUUCCUGAUUUCGAACACACUAUUGGGCACAACCUCGAUAACUCUCUUCGGGAUUUUCACUCUGGUUGAUUUCAACUUGAUUCGCCUUGCAUUGUCGAUAACAUCAGCGAUGGCUUCCUUCACAAUAUACCUAACACUUCUAAACAAAGGACCCAACCGCUCUCGACAUAUUCCUCACGUCGAUAUUCGAGAGGAUAUAGAGCCUCUUUCUUUUCGGGUGACUUUUACUCUAGUCGUUGUUUUGACCUUGAAGACCAUCACACUUGGUUGUGCGGUCCCUCAAAUGCUUCCCACCAUGACGCUGGGCAUCUCCAAGGCUUUCACCUGGUUCUUCUUCAUUCAAACUGCUCAUUAUACUACAUGGCGGAUCGCAGUACCAAUCACAACCUUCAGCAUCUUAUCAACAACUGACCCAUAUUCUCAAACAUGGGAUAUCGAUUCCUUCUUUGUAUUGGUCGGCUCAGUCCUGUUUCUAUCCCAGAUCAUCGGAACAAUUCCUAAACAUCCAAAGACUCUCUGGGUACUGUCCCUUAUCCCCAUAAUCCCAUACUUUCUCAGUCUCCAAGCCAUCAUGUCGAGUCAACGUAUGGCAAGGAUAAGCUUCCAUAACCACCAGAUGCAUCCCGUGGAGGAAGCGAUACAUGCCGCGCAAGGUGAACUCAACUCCCUCAUCCACCGACAGUCCAAAACCUACACCGCCGCGCGGGAUGAGUACAAACGCCGGUAUGGCCUUGAACCUCCCCCAGGCUUUGAAGAAUGGUAUGAAUUCGCGAAAACGAAUCAGUCACCAAUCAUCGACGACUUUGACACCAUCCAAAGAUCCAUCGCUCCCUUACUAAAGCUAAGUGGCCGCAAAGUUCUGGAAGCCAUGAGCGAGGUAUAUUCACGGCCAGGUAGCGAAGUAUGGUCUUGUGAAUAUUCAUCACAGAAGUCUGAGACACGCUGCAGCCAUCCCGGGCGUACAUUCGACAGACAUAUAUCACUCUUGUUUAACAGGCUGAUGAAAGAUGUCCCUAGCGGCACUCAUUCCCUCAGGCUUCUUGUAAAUCAUUUCGACGAGCCAAGGGUCUUGACACCAUCCAAGGCCCUUGGAAAUCAACUACCGGAUCGACAGGGGAGAAACGGCGAUGAGUUCCCAAGCCAAAUUUGGGAUAUGAUCAGCCAGAACUGCAACUUUCAAGACCUCGAAUCAGGCCAGUCUGAGAACUGGUCAACUUCACCCGACAUAGGCCUCGUCCGAAACCACAGCCAACAAGUUGAAAUCUGCCAACAUCCAGAAUACCAACACAUUCACGGCCUCCUCACAAACCCAGUAACCUUUCGUCCAAUCGAAGAUCCCGUCCCCGUGCUCUCGACGGGCUCGCUCUCCCCCAUGGGCGACAUCCUCCUACCCAGCCCAGCCUACCUCGAAGAAGAGUUCCAAUACGACGAGUCACAGGACACGGACUGGACCAGCAAACACAACAAGCUAUACUGGGCGGGAUCCACGUCGGGCGGGUACGCAAACGGAAGCCACUGGAGAGCCUUCCACCGGCACAGGUUCGUAAACAUGGUUCACAACCCGGCGCGAGACCAGACAUACUGGUACCUACAGCAGCAGAAGAACGGACUAGUCGAGCGCGCUCCCUCGUCAUUCCUCAACCGCCGAUUAUACAACGUCGCCUUCACCCGAGUCUUCCAGUGCGAGCCGGCCGCCUGCCACGACCAGCGCGCACACUUCAACGUCAGACCGUGGGCGCACAAGGACGAGGCGCUCGGGUACCGGCUCGCGUUCGACCUAGACGGCAACGGCAUCAGCGGGCGCUUCUACAAGCUGCUCGCGUCCAGGUCUGUCCCCCUGAAGCAGACCAUCAUGCAGGAGUGGCACGACGACAGGCUCGUGCCCUGGGUCCACUACAUCCCCGUGAGCCAGGACAUGAGAGAGCUGCCGGAGUUGAUCACCUACCUGACAUCGACCAAGUCUGGGCAGGAGCAAGCAAGGAAGAUUGCUGAGCAGGGGCGGGAUUGGUAUUCAAAGGCAUUUCGUGAAGUCGACAUGACGAUCUACAUAUAUCGGCUUUUGCUAGAAUUAGCGAGGCUUCAAGAUCCGACCAGAGAGGGAGCUCAAGAGGCUGAAUGA